AUGAACCGCACCGUGCCCGCCCACCACCGCGUCCGGCCGUGGCGGCGUCAUGGUUGUGUUUUGUGCGCGCGACCGCUGUCCACCACGCCGCGCCGUCUCGACAUCAGGCCCGUCGCCCAGCUCCCCCCGCGCACCACGCCCGCGUACGUCCAGUCGCCGACCAACACGCUGCUCAGCCUGCAGUGGCCCUCGCCGCCGCGCAACGUCCUCAUCACCAAGAAGAAGCGCGCCCCCCACAUCACCGCCUCGCUCCUCGAGUUCGCCGCCCACAUCCACUCCACCUACCCCGGCAUCAACGUCAUCCUCGACCGCGCCUCGGCCGUCGAGGUCCACGCCCAGCUCGCCUUCCCCGUCUACGCCUUCGAUGGCGCCGUGCCUGACCUGUCCGACCGGACCGACCUGGUCUGCACCCUCGGCGGCGACGGCACCCUGCUGCGCGCGAGCAGCCUCUUCAGCCACGUCGAGAGCGUCCCGCCCGUGCUGAGCUUCGCCAUGGGCACCCUCGGCUUCCUCGGCGAGUGGAAGUUCCACGAGUACAAGCGCGCCUUCCGCGAAAUGUACAUGAGCGCCGCCCCCGACACGUGCGCCGCCCUGUCCACCUCGCUCGCCCCCCCCGCCCCGCCCACCUCGCCAGACGCUCCCCUCGACCCCCCGCUCUCCUACGCAGACAUCCGCGGCAAGGCCAUGGGCCCGCACCGCACCGCCAGGGUCCUGCUGCGCAACCGCCUCAAGGUCGGCAUCUUCGCCCCGGACGGCUCCCGAAUCGGCGGCUCCGGCGACAACUACGCCCUCAACGAAGUCACCCUCCACCGCGGCUCCAGCCCCCACCUCAAGAUCAUCGACGUCUACAUCAACAACCGCUUCCUCACAGAGGCCGUCGCCGACGGCAUGAUCAUCAGCUCCCCCACCGGCAGCACCGCCUACAGCCUCUCCAGCGGCGGCAGCAUCGUCCACCCCCUCGUCCCCUCGCUGCUCCUCACCCCCAUCUGUCCGCGCUCGCUCUCCUUCCGGCCGCUCGUCCUGCCCGCAGAGACCCCCAUCACCCUGCGCCUCGGCGACAAGAACAGGGGCAAGCAGGUCGAGGUCAGCAUCGACGGCAACACCGUCACAGAGGGUCUGGGCUCUGGCAUGGAGGUCCGCGUCAUGGGCGAAGACGUGCGCACCAACACAGGAGAGUGGCAUGGCGGCGUCCCUUGCAUUGUGCGCGCCACCGCGGGGAGGGAGGACCAGACCGAGGACCACUGGGUCGGAGGCUUGAACGCACUGCUGAAAUUCAACUAUCCCUUUGGAGACCAGGAUCCUUGA